AUGCGCGCGAAGGACGUGCCGCCGGACCGGCUGCUGAGCCGCGAGGAGUUCGUGGAGCUGGCCUGCGAGCUCGAGCACGCGCGGCUCCAGGAGAAUCUACGGCGGUGCCAGGAGCACGCCGCGGAGCUCGACGAGCUCCGGACGACGGACCUGGUGAAGAUCGUCGGCGACGGCUGCUCGUGGAUCCCGGGCUACGAGCUCCUGCUACCGGACGCGGCGAUCACGCAGGCGUUUGAUUUUGCGAUCAUGGUGCUGCUCGUCGUCGUCUUCGUGUCUUUGCCGUUGACGUUGGCCUUCGAGGAGGUGAACCGGUCGAUGACGCUCGUGAACUUCCUGUUCGACUGCGUCUUCAUGGUCGACGUGCUGAAGAACUUCAACGUGGGCUACACGACGGACGACGGCGUGCUCGUCUUCGACCGCCACAUGAUCGCGUCGAAUUAUCGGCGCGGGUGGUUCCUCGUCGACGUCAUCUCUUCCGUGCCCGUCGACCAGCUUUUGGCGCUGCUGUUGGGCAACAGCGGCGGCGGCGGCGACGUCUACCAGGCGAAGAAGGCCUUCAAGGUGCUCCGGCUCGUGCGCAUGACGAAGCUGCUGAAGCUGCUGCCCGCGACGCCGCUCGUGCAGCGGCUCCGCGCGAAGUGGAUCGACGUCUUGGACUACUACAAGGUCCAGUUCAGCGACAGCGCCGUGCGCAUGCUCAACCUUUUUAUAUUUCUCUUCAUCUUGGCCCACUGGAUGGGCUGCAUCCUGUACAUGCUCACGCGGCUCUGGAGCUACCCGAAGGAGUCGUGGGUCGUCGCCGCGGGGCUCAUGCGCAAGGACGGGAAGCCGCUCAUGUCCGUGUCGAACCGGUACAUGUGGUGCCUCCACAAGGCCUUUGUGCUGCUCGCGGGCGAGGCCUACGGCUACCCGCUGACGUCGAUGACGUGCGAGAGCCUCCGGUCGUUCUGUCGGAUCGAGUCGUGGUUCACGAUCCUGUGCCUCUACAUCGGCACGCUCUUCUACGCGGGACUCGUGUCGAACAUGUCGGCGAUCAUCGUCAACGCGAACCUGAGCCGGCGGUCCUACCAGGACCAGCUCAACGCGACGAACGAGUACAUGCGGUCGAAGCGGCUGCCGCCGGUUUUACGGGACCGCGUGCGCGGCUACUUCCAGCUGCGCUUCUCCGAGGGCCGCAUGUUCAACGAGAAGAACAUUUUGAACAACCUGAACCCGGAGCUCCGCAAGGAGAUCUCGACGCACAACACGCGGGGGCUGCUCGAGAAGGUGCCGCUCUUGUCGAACUCGCCGCCGCGGUUCUUCCACUCCGUGGCGCUCGCGCUGGAGCCGCACCUCUUCUUCACGGGCGACACGGUCUUCCACGAGGGCGAGCAGGGGGCCGAGGUCUAUUUCGUGGAUUCGGGCAUCCUGGAAAUCUUGCUGAAGUGCGUCGGCAACACGGUCGUCCGCGUCAUCGCGGACGGCUCCUUCUUCGGCGAGGGCGCGGUGCUCUCCGGCGGGUCGCGGUCCGCGACGAUCCGCGUCAAGGAGACGUCGUCGACCUACGCGAUCCCGGGCCCGGCCCUCGUGAAGAUUCUGGAGGAUUUGCCGGUCGUC